AUGCAACAUCCUCCACCCGAUCCUCCAUGCGAGGUUGAUCAAGCCAUAGGAUAUUUAGAAUAUUCUCGUUUUGUUAUAGCUGCAGAGCUGCAUGGUAACAUAAGAUUUGUCAAAGACCCACAAAAACUAUCAAUUGGAACAGGAGUAUUAAUCUACCACCGAUGCGAAUACGAAGGCUGCCCAGCAGGCUUUAAAUUUAUUAAAAAUUUCGACAAUUACAUUUUUAAAUCUGCAAACUUAACUCAUAUUCACUCAGGACCACCACCACAACAUAAAAAUACACCUACAAGUGGUACUUACCGUGCUUGGAUUAAAAAAUUUCUCAUGAAUCACGGAAGUCCACUUAAUGCAACACAAGAAGUCAACAAAACGCUUGAAAUACCUAAAGAUCAUACUUGUAUUCACAUGACUAUGAAACAAACUGCAAUCAAUCAAUUGAAAUAUUAUUUACAACAAAAAGAUCUUAUGUGA